GGAUCAAAGAGAGUGUGUGCUGGACCCCUCCUCCAGAGGUCCACCCCAACAAGACCUGCGAGUACCAGGCUCUGUGCAGCCGCUUCAAGGACCUGCUCACCUUACCAGACGGCUACUUCAACGAGGACUCCAAGUGCAACCUGUGCUACUGCGAGUCCUGCCACAAGCUGCGGGGCGACGAGGCCUAUUACAAGAGAGGAGAGCCGCCGCGCGACUACGCCCUGCCCUUCGGAUGGUGCCGCUUCGCCCUCAGGUGAGACGAGCUGCCCCCGACGUUCACCCACCAUCGCAGAGCUCUGUAACCGUUCUUUAAGACGAGUGACAGGAGAGCGAGGUGCAGACGAGCAGGAGUUGUUUUCCUCCUCGUGAAACAGGCUGCAGCUUUGCUUUUUGAUGUGUAGAGACGUCUCUAACUGACUGCUCCAGAUUCUACGACUUUUUGAAAUAAACAAGGUUCCUUUAAAAGA